AGUACACUAGAAAGUGGCGACGCCGUAGUACGGUGAGGACGUUUUCUAUUUUGGAUGUAUAAGAUGUAGUGACCUCACAUGAGCUUUGAUCAUCACGACUCCUCAAUACAGCGGUUAACGUCAGUGAGCUAGCAGCCAACUUUGAAAGCACCUCUAGGUUUCGGAAUGGACUCGUGUUACGGCUCGUUGUCUUUGGGGAUCGUGGCCGGUGUCGGUUGUGGACUUUUCCUCGGCUGGCACCUCCGUGGUCGGGGCGCGCUGGCAGCUCUCGGAGACGAGGCGAGCACGCUGGGGGAGCACGGCGAAGUCAAAAUGAUCCUGGUAGUUCGGACCGACCUCAAAAUGGGCAGAGGCAAAGUGGCAGCCCAGUGCUCUCACGCAGCAGUGUCUGCCUACAGGCAGGUCCAGCACAGAAGUCCUGACCUGCUCAAACAGUGGGAGUACUGCGGCCAGCCCAAGGUAGUGGUCAAGGCACCCGAUGAGGACUGUCUGCAGGAGCUGCUGAUUCAUGCUAAAGAGCUUGGGCUGACGGUCAGCCUUAUUCAGGAUGCUGGAAGAACCCAAAUUGCUCCAGGUUCCAGGACGGUUCUUGGGGUUGGACCAGGACCCGCUGAGCUUGUGGACAAAGUAACAGGUCACUUGAAACUUUACUAGAUGUUGAACUGAACUGCUGGUGUGUGACUUUCUGGAAGUUUUUUUUUUUUUUUUUUAAACUUUUGUUGGCAUAAAUUGUAAAGUGUUGGAUAUUUGUGAUUAAUUUCUGGAUUAAAAUUAACAUGAGACAGA